AUGGGGCUACAAGGAUAUGUUAUUCGUCUUCAGCUCUUUCUUGGAACAAAGGGGAGGUUAUAUAUAGAUCCAUUUCUAUGUCUUAAUUAUGCUCUCUCAUUCCUACUUACUACAACACAUACUGAUUCAGCAAGUACAUUUUACUCUUCUUUGGAGUUUAGGUCGGAAAUGAGCACCGGAAGCACUUCAUAUAGUCAUCGACAGCCGAACCAACCUUGUGGAGAUCUACUUGGAAAUGAAGACGCCUACAACAAAAUUUGUGUUCCUCUCUAUAAUGCAUCAAUGAGAUGUGACUGGGAAGCUGCUAGUGUCAUCCUUAGUGAACACCAAGACCUAGAUCUUUUGGGGUUUGCCAUCACUGAAAAUUAUGAUACUGCGCUUCACAUUGCAUCAUCCGCAAAAAGCAGCAGGUUAAUGGAAAUGUUUGUGGAAAAGCUAGUAAAUAAGAUGACAAAGGAACAAUUAGAGCUCCAGAACAAAAGUUAUAACACCGCACUGUGCUUAGCAGCAGCAGAUAGCGCAGGAAAUGUGAAUAUUGCCAUGACUAUGGUGGAGAAGAAUAGGGCGCUAUUAGAUAUCCCUGCUCGUGAAGGAUUGAUGCCACUUUCCAUUGCUUCGAGAUCAGGACAACGUAAUAUGGUGCAACUUUUCUAUGAUAAUUCUAACAAGAUGACUGGUGACUUUUGGACAGAUCACAACCGUAGUCAGGUUCUCCACAACUGUGUAGAAGUCGAUCUCUUUGAUGUUUCCCUGAAAAUAGUUACAGACUGGCCAACCCUCACCGCUAACAAGGAACUACUCGGAUUGUUAGCUCGAAAGACCGAAGCAUUUGGAUUAAUAAAACCACCAUUUUUUAGGAGAGCCUUACAUAAAAUUUGUGCAGUCAUUUGGAUGAAGGUUGGACCUGCAGAAAAACCGAGUGAUGCCAUGCAAUUACUUAGAAUCAUCUGCGGAAAUAUUAUGAAAUUGCCAAAGGCUAAAACUGACUACCUUAUGGGAAACGUAACAAAUGAGCGGGGACUUCCAACGCACUCACUGCAACCACUAUUUAUUGCUGCCGAAAUGGGAAACACCGAAUUUGUAGUAGAGCUCAUUCGCCAAUAUCCAGAUUUAUUAUGGAAGAGAAAUGACGAUAACCAAACUAUAUUUCAUGUUGCUGUCUUACAUCGUCAUGUGAGUAUCUAUAAUCUUCUGCAUGAGAUUGGCUCGAUGAAGGAUAUGAUAACAUCUGUCGUGGACAAGAAUGGAAAUAAUAUGUUGCAUCUAGUUGGGAUGGUGGCAAACGGACAUGAACGUGAAGAUAAUUCAGGAUUCCGUCUACAAAUGCAACAUAUGCAACGUGAAGUGUUAUGGUUCAAGGAAGUAAAAGAUAUGAUCCCUCCUUCUUAUCGGAAAAUGAAGAACAAAAAUGAUCGAACACCAAAACAAUUGUUCAAGAGUGAACACGACUAUCUACUCUUAGCGAAUGAGAAAUGGAUGAAAGACACGGCUAACCAGUGCUUGCUGAUUGCUGCACUCAUAGCUUCCACAGGAUGCUCAGCAGCUUUCGCAGUUCCAGGUGGAUACAACCAGAACACUGGUAUGCCUAUCUUUCUUCACAAUCGACCAUUCAUAUUCUUCAACAUAUUAAAUGCCAUUUCUGUGGUAUUCGCUGCCUAUUCGAUCCUCAUAUUCUUAUCCAUUUUCAUAUCUCGCUAUACUGAACAUAACUUCUUGGAAUCAUUGCCCAAAAAAUUGAUGAGAGGUCUGUCAGCACUUUUCUUCUCAGUCGCAAACAUGGCGGUAGCUUUUCUUGUUGCUUUCUUCUCCUUUUGGCAGGGCGAGUUGAUUUGGGUGCCACUUUUUAUCAGCUGUUUUAUUUUCAUGCCAAUCAUUUUAUAUGUGAGACUGCAAUAUGAAGUUCUAAUGGAUGUUUAUUACUCAACAUAUGGUUCAAGGAAUCUCUUCCGGCCAAAAAAGCUUAGGCUAUAUCAUCAAAAUCCAAGGUUGUAG